UGUUUUCCUCGCCUUCGCCCGCACCGCCUGUGUUAUGUGAUCGCUGUCAAAAAGUCAUCCCGAUUACGGACUUCAGAAUGUUUUACUGAAAUUUGUGCAAAUUUAUUUUGUUUUAUCGCAUUAAAAGUCAUUCAAAAUGUUUCGGACGGUUGCUUGCUUAGCGGUCAGAAAUCUGACCCGGCCGUCAUGUAUCAGACGCCUUGCUGCCACCCCAAAACCGAUCGACCAGCUUGGUGAUCUGACCCGCAGUUUCUCCACCCUUUUACGGAUCGGAAACGCUUCCGGUCAGCUACGGACACCCUUCACGGUCACCGCCCUGCAAUCCUGCAUUUUGAAUUCGGUUCCCAGCCCAGCCACGGCUCCACUGCAACAAGCGCCAGUUCGUACCGUCAUCAAAUUUUCCAUGCGCAGCGGCAAACGGAAGAGCGUCAAACCGGUCAUCAAGCGUUUCAAACGGCUCGACUGGGGUGGCUGGAUCCGCACCAAGGCCGGUCGCCACAAGCACAUGUGGAAGAAAUCGGCAGCCCGGAAGCGCCGACUGAGGCAGCAUGUGUUGGUCAACUCCCAACAGGCAACGCUGCUGGACAAGAUGGUCACAAAGUACUGGAAGAGACCUCGGUUCUACAUCAACGAUCCGUACACGCCGUACCACACGAGGGAGGAGUUCCGCGAAACCCGACGCAAACCGAUGAAAUAUUAAAGUUGAGGGAUUUCGGAAUCGUUCAUUAGAUUUGCUUGUAUCCAAUAAAACCAGUUAAACUUU